AUGGGGGCCUGCACGUCGCCGCACCGCAUCGCCCGCUGGCCGCACCCGUCGCGCCAGGCCACCGCGCUCGCAUUGCGCAGCACCGCCGCCUCGCCUGGCCCGCGUCGCCACCGCAAUCGCCACCACGCAUUUGAUCGCCGCGCCGUCUGCUCGCUCGCGCCCACGCGCAUUCACCACCGUAUCCACCCAGUUUGGAAGAGUUUAGGCAUGGCGGAAUCAUCAUCAAGAUUGAUCUUAGAUUAUGAGAAGGUAAAAAUCUCCACAAAAGAGACUAAAAAAGAGCAGCAAGAUGCAAAGGAUGUGGAUGAACGACCAAGUUGGCUUCCAGAUGGUUGGAUAAUGGAGGUCAAUCGUGGUGAUGAUGGCACCAUCUACCGAUACUACACAUCUCCUAUAUCAGGAUUGACAUUCAUGAUGAAGUCAGAGGUGCUAGAAUACCUUUUUUCUAGGAUGGAUGAGCGCUUCUUGGAAUCAAAGAAUUGUGCCACACAUAACAAGCUUGUGAUGACACAUGAAUGGCUCCCAAACGAUUGGAUGAUUGAGGUUAGAGCUGGUGGAGAGAACAUAGACAAGAUGUUUAAGUUUUAUGUUUACCCACCAGCUGGAGUUCGACUGUUUUCAAAGGAGGAUGUAUUGACGUAUAUUAAUAAGUCUAAGAUUACUCCAUUUGAUACAAAUGGACAAUGUGACACAAGCAUGAAAGAUAAUAUUCUUGCAAAUGUGGAAUUUAACCCACAUUCACUGCCAAAAGGAUGGGUGAAGGAAUUGGUGUUCAGAAAGACAGAAAAUGGAGUUAGAAAAGACCCGUAUUAUACGGACCCUGUUAGCAACUAUUCAUUCCGCACAAGAAGAUCAGCAAUGCUCUAUGUUCAAACAGGAAAAAUACCGAAACGUGCAUUUAUUCAGAGGACAAGAGUCCAUGAUCUCUAUUCAUUUGAGAAGUCAGCGGAUCUGCAUGAAAGUCUAAGGAAAAGAUUGUCUUUUACAACUACGACUAACCAGAAACCCAGAAGAUCACUGAAAUUGAAAAACUCAUCACUGACAAAAGAGAUACUCAGUGAAGAGGAAACUUCAUAUAGUUCUGAAGAAGAUUUCUGCUAUGAUGAUUCAUCAGAUUCAACAACCAAGAUUCGCAAAAACAUGGCCAAAAUUGCAAAGAAGAAUGGCAAAAGUAGGAAAAUGAUAUCCUUAAACACUCUCAAAUGUUCUGUCGGAAGGCCCCCGAAAAGAUCCAAUGAAAUUAGGGGAAUGACUUGUGAAGUAGAAAUCAAGCAACAGAGUGAUAGUGACUAA